UAUAUUGUCGUAAAAACAGUUUGUAGUCUCGCUGGGCGGAGAUUAGCAGGAAGCGCAUAGAAUACAAUAAGUAGACCCCUCAUUGUGGCUGUUUCUAAUAGCGGCUCGCCUCGUCUUGGAUCUAUGUAUGUACAUCUAUGUACACACAAAAUUCAAGAGAAUUAGACAAGCCAUGUGCUUAGCGGAAAACCUGGGGGAUGAUUAAUCAGGUCAAUGGGGUUAUUAAACACUAUUAGAUUGUUUCAUCCCGAGAUGAUAUUCUUCGUCCUAGCAACUUUUUGGAUUGGCACUGCCGCUGGAGUUCAAGACGAGGGCCACGACGAGAUCGAGUCGCUGGAGAUCGUCGAGGGAGAAAACCUCACCAUCUCCAUCCCGAUCGGUAAAUCCGAGGAGGAUCCCCAGGUGCUGGUGACCCGGUCGAGAGGCUCGUCGCAGGAACGCGUCGCGCAGAUGAUCUGUCACGACGGACACUGCAAGCACGAGCGCUGGAGACCCGGGGUUUGUCUCGCGUCUGACGGACAAAACCUCACGCUGACCCUGACGAACCUCAGCGACGACCAGACGGGGCUUUACCGGAUCCGCAGACCGAGCAGCGCGCGCCCGGGAGAAAAGGUUUACAACGUUACCUUGCGCGAGCCUCACUUCACUACUAUCAGCCCAGCAUCUGCCGUGCACAGUGAACCACUCACUACGAGAAUAAGCAUAGGCGUGGUGGUCCUCAGUUUGGUGGUCGUCGCUGCGGCUGCCGUUGGUUUUGUUUACGGCAAAAACAGAAAGGUAUCUUUUAACGAAGUGCCUCAAGAGUUGAACACCGUGGCUCACGGGCGAUAGUUCUUUAUAGUUACUGGAUUGCUGCGAGCUCAUCCGGUGAAUGAAAUGACAACACAGAAGGACUCUGAGCAUCAUUUCAUUUAAUGAAAUAAUCCCAGGUGAUCCAGCACGACUUGAGCAUUAAGGUGCACCUUCAGUUGAACACUCAAAAUAACCGCUAAUACGUUUCCCCUAACUUUUCUAGUAUGCUAAUUCUAAUGUUUUUAUCAUCUUAAGUGUGCUCAUCUGUGCUGUUUUGAGACACCGUCUAUAUGAACUAAAAUGCACUUUUAACACACUACCUAUGUUUUUAAAAGUGUAUUUAGUGGCCAUUUGUAGCACCAUCUCUCGUACAGUAGUACACUACCACUUGAACUAAAUGCAUUUUUUGAAAUACAAAUGUUAAAAGUGCAUUUUAGUUCAUAUUCAUGGUGUCUCAGAAUAGCGCAGUCGAGUGCACUUCGAAGAUCUUAAGUUUGUCUUAAAACGCACUAAAGAAUCAUUUUUAGUAGAUCAAGUACAAAAUUAGUGCGCUUUAAUUACAUCAUGUACUUGUACUUUCUUUUACCUGGGAUCGGAAGCACAUUGAACAUAUGUUGUAUUUUAUGUGACCCUUAAAAUGCGAUGAAAGUGUAAACUUAAAGUAUAAUUCAAAUGCAAUCAAAAUCUACUUCCCCUAGGACUUGGUUUUAAUUGUACCUCGAGAGCCCUGGAAAAUGCAAAGCAAAGUUUCUCUCCUACAAAGACAUGCAUCACAUCAUUACAUUUCAAAGGUGUUUGAAAAGCAUUAAACAGAACAUAUAAAAUGUUA